GGUGAAGUGAUAUUUCAUUGAGGAAGAAAAACAUGCCGGAUACGGUGUCGUCAUGCCUCGUCGUGUCGGCCGAUAGAUCCCGAGAGGUCACGUCGGGAUCCUCGUGACCGAGCUCCGAGGAACGUGCUCGCGUAUUCGAUACGCGUUUGACGUGAAGCGAAAACGGAAGAUCUCGCUAUACGUCAGAUCAAGCUCCGUCGUGCGGUGUCGGUCACGGUACAUCUCGAGGUUGAUCAUUUUUCGAUAAUUCCCACCGACGGGAUUGCAACGGCUCGAUUUACGGUACGUGAAAGGGACUCUUCCUCGAAUUCGCUCGGAUCUACCAUCCAUCUCGGCUAUGGUUGUAGCUAGCAGCGGUGGUUGGGUACAAAAUGCCAGUUCGCCCGCUGGGCAGAACAACUCCAACGUGAGUCAGAACAAUAACACUACGAACAACAAUCAUAACAAUAACAUCUACCGUAGAAAUAUAAUAAAGAAUUCAAACGUAAAGAUGACCGCGAAAGGCGUGCUGAUCUGCCGGGACAAUUCCCAUCCCUUCCUGGAGCGCACGCUGACGUUGGAACAGCCGAUGAAGAUCGGCCGUUCGGUGGCCAGGGCGAGAGCUGCGACGAACAACGCGAUCUUUGAUUGCAAAGUGUUGUCCAGGAAUCACGCCCUACUCUGGUACUCCUCCGGUAAGUUUUACCUGCAGGACACGUGCAGCAGCAACGGUACUUUUGUGAAUAACCAGAGACUCAGUGCUUCGGGGCUGGAGUCAACGCCCAAGGAGGUGUGCUCCGGGGACAUAGUGCAAUUUGGCGUGGACGUUGUGGAGAAUACAAAGAAGGUCACCCACGGGUGUAUAGUCGCGACCUUGAAGCUGUAUCUGCCGGACGGAAAGGAGGCUAAAGCCAGUCUCAGCACUUCUGUCAGCUCACCCGCUGGGAACGUAUCUCUGGAGGAUCUUUACAAGCUCAAUCAGAUAAUGCAGGAGGCAUCGAGACGGGAGAAAGCCUUGUAUUCUAAACUGGGCUACUUGCAACAGCUGGUGGAGAAUACCCGGAAAGCCGCCAAUCAAUCGUGGAAGGCAUUGAUCACGGAGGAUCGUCUAUUGUCGUGGGUGAUGACCGUGGAGAAUCAACUGACAGUGUAUUCUAAGAAUUAUACCGAGGAUAAGAUUAGAAAUGAACUUGCGAAGCUUCAGGAUGAAAAGGGGCAUUAUCAGAAUGCUGCCAAGGAGGCGUUGCAGAAGGUCUUGCAGGAGAAACUGGAGGUCACUCAGAGAUUGGUACAGUUGGAAGGACGUUUGAACGAAACGGAGGAGGAGUGUCAGAGUUUGCAUAACGUAGCCAAGUACACUCAAACGGAGCUUCAGGAGCUCAGCGCGAAAUACGCGGAGGCGCAGAAGAAGCUUCAGGAGACCACCAACAAGCUCAUGGAGAGCGAGGAGAAGGUGAAGGAUAUGCUGCUCAGUGCGGAGCAAGAGAAACGGGAUCUCUCGAAACGGCUCGAGGAUCAGUCGAAAAUCGAGAAGAAUCUGCGGGCGAGGUUGCACGAUUCGCGAUUAGAUUCCGUCAAUAUCUAUAAGCAAAUCACUGCUUUAAGGAAUUACGCGCAGACUCUGCAAGAUAUGAAUCUGAAGCUCGAGGUCGGUGAGAAUUUUGACUCGAAAGGCGAGGAUCCCAUAGAAGCCAUAAACGCUAUCCUUAACAAAUUGAAUUCCAUUCAUGUCGACAAUAUGGAUGUGGACAGUGAGAUUAAUUUUUACUUCAACAAGAGCGAGCAAGAUAAUCAGUUUAAUUCGUCAGAUGUCGAUCCGAAGCUGAAGUCCGAUUUAUCGUUUACCAAAGACCAGAUGGACGAUCUGCAGACAGCCGACGAUAGUCUCACGGAAUAUAUUCUGCCACCGUCGUUAUCCAGGCGAACUUUAGUCAAUGGAAAUCUGAGCAAUUUGGACAACGGCGAUACUAACGGAGACUCCGACACAAACUCGGAAGCGACCGAUGACGCGAGCAGUGUUACAAAUGAUGAUAUAAGUGAAAAGAGCGUUAUAGAGAAUAAGAAGGAAGAGCUGGACACCCUGGGACAAGAGUCCAUGCAAACAUUUGUGCCCUGCAAGAUGGAGGUGCGAUUCGCAAACACUGAAAACGGUCAACAAUCGGAAGUACAUCACGAGCCAAUAAAACAAAUCGCCAAAGACGAUGAAGUGGAAAUUUCGAUGAGAGAUUCAGAUGUCUCUAUAGACACCGAGGAUACGUUAGACAGUUCUAUCGUUGACCCUGUGUUAGAUAAGGUCGACGAAAAUGAUCAGCAACAGGACAAUGAUAUCGUGCCGGAGUGUGAAGAGCGCACGGAAGGAGAUUACGUUAAGACUUUAAAACCCAUCACGAAGAACGACACCAUACAGCAAGCCUUCCAUUCCAGGGACUACAUCCUGCAGACGUUGAUCGGUUCUCUGGAUUCGUUAAGAGGCGAGGACAGUCUGGAAGCGCGGCAGAUAGUGCAACGAGAGCUGGAGGAGUUGAAGGACUGGCUGAUUCGCGAGCCGAACGAGAUUGUCAUCGAUAGGCUAAAGGAGCUGUAUUACCGCGCGAAGAACGAGGCGCAACGGAUGCAGGAAGUCAACGAGGAACUGGUUAUAGUGAAAGAAAAGUACAACGCGUUCGUCGAGGAGAAAGCGGAGCUUUCGAAGAAAUACAUGUCCCUCAAAUCGCAGUGUGGUGAUCUGCUUAGUACGACUUAUACCGUGCCAAUACACUACGUGGCACCUAUCGUGAUCAUGCUGGUGUGGAUGCUGUUAGAGAAAAUAUUCUAAUCACGUCUCUCUCUCCCUGCCAUCAAACAUUCUUUUCUGUACAUAUAACACGCGCUACGACAAAUAUUUUAGUCUUUCCACUUCUCUUCAUUCUUUUACAAUAUCGACUGUAAUUGACUGUAAAUUAUGUUAAGCUUACCCGUUUCGUCGUUUGGAAACGACCAUAUCGAACACAAUUUAAUGUUUUUUAUACAAACAAUCGUUAAGAAUUGUGUGUACAUAUAUAUAUAUAUAUAUUUGUUUAAUUUCCCGAAUCGAGUCUCGGGGUUAAAGAUAAGGAGUUCCUCGUUAUAAAGUGCGAUGUUAAGCAUAGAAUGUGUCGCGUUAAUACGCCUUACAAAAGGGAGAAGCAAGAUCAAAGACGAGGAAAAAAUUGUUCAUUGAAUGUAUAUGUAUGUAUAUCUCGAACACGAAAGCUCGACUUACGCUCUCUGGGGAGUAAAAGUAACUGGAGAAAAUAUAGGUACGAUACCACGUAAAAUGUUCAACAUGCUGCCAAGCUGCUGAGUAUCAUAUCUCAUAAUAUGGCUCAAUUUUAUAAUAUAUCACAUACUUUUUUCCGUUGCA